AUGGUAUGGCACUCGAUCAAAACUAGUAAUGAAGAUGGUGUUACGCCAGUCUUUCUGAAAAUCAGCAUUUGGAAUCUGCCGGGUUCUCAGGUCUGUUCGUAUCUAUCUAUCUAUAUCACUCAACCUACUAUCUAUAUAUUUAUCUUACACAAUCUAAUUAUAUAUGGAUUACAAAACGUACUUCUAUCUAUCUAUCUAUCUAUCUUACACUAUCUGCUUUCAUCUAUCUAUCUUUCACCAUCUGCUUUUAUCUAUCUAUCUAUCUAUCUAUCUAUAUUACACUAUCUGAUUUUAUCUAUCUAUCUAUGUAUUUAUCUAUCUGUCUUACACUAUCUGCUUUUAUCUAUCUAUCAUUCUGAUUUUGUUUUAUGCUUUUGCAAUCUGCUUUUAUCUAUCUAUCUAUCUAUCUAUCUAUCUAUCUAUCUAUCUUACACAAUCUGCUUAUAUUUAUCUAUAUGUCUAUUUUACAUACUCUGCUUUUAUCUAUGUAUCUAUCUCCAUCUUUUCAUCUAUCUAUCUAUGUAUCUAUCUAUCUAUCUUACACAGCCAACUUAUAUAUAUCUAUCUAUCUUACUGUACACAAUCUGCUUAUAUCUAUCCAUUUAUAUUACACAACGUACUUAUAUCUAUCUAUCUAUCUAUCUAUCUAUCUAUCUAUCUUACACAAUCUGCUUAUAUUUAUCUAUAUGUCUAUUUUACAUACUCUGCUUUUAUCUAUGUAUCUAUCUCCAUCUUUUCAUCUAUCUACCUAUGUAUCUAUCUAUCUAUCUUACACACCCAACUUAUAUAUAUAUAUAUAUAUAUAUAUAUCUUACUGUACACAAUCUGCUUAUAUCUAUCUAUUUAUAUUACACAACGUACUUAUAUCUAUCUAUCUAUCUAUCUAUCUAUCUAUCUAUCUAUCUCUUAUUCUCUUCUUCAUUCUGCCUUUCUUUUUUUACCUCCACUCUUACCUCUCUUCACUUCAUCGUCAUUUUGAUUCCUCCUAAACUCUUUUAUUCUUCUUCUCCAGCCUCUCCAGUGUCCUCAAUUUUCUCUUCUUCAUUUUCUUAUUCUUCGAAUCGGCCUUCAUCAUUCUCUUCGGGUUUUCAUUCUUCUCUACUGACACUGAUCAAAACCAAUGCCAGAACUCGCCGAGAUCAGUAA